AGAAAAACGGUUAUAUUUUAUUAGGAAAUAUUGUGACUCAUCUACCAUUUUUUGCUAAAUUAGGAUUUCUUACUUGAAUACAGAUGGAUCCUCAGGAAAAAAACAAAUUCUGGGAAAUUUUUCGUAGCCUACAUCCAGAAGGCGGCUAUGUUUCAGGAGAAAAAGCUUGCAGUAUCCUUCAAAGUAGUCGACUCGGCAAUGACAAGCUAGCCAAGCUUUGGGAUUUGGUCGAUAUUGAUGAAGAUGGACAACUGGAUUUUGAUGAAUUUAGCAUUGCUAUGAAGAUUACUUUUAACAUCAUUAACGGGAUAUACCAUGAUGUUCCUCCAGAAAUUCCGGAUGAGCUAGUCCCUCCUUCCAAACAACACUUAAUAGCUGCCCGUGAAGCCCUCCAAGGAAGCGAUGAGGUGAACGUUGCUUCUCAAGAGAUAGAUGAUCCAGAAGACGAUAUUCUAAAAGAUGGGUUUGACUGGUAUAUGCCACCUUCUGAUAGAAUGCGCUAUACCGAUGUAUAUAGCUCACAUUCCGAUAAGUAUGGCGCUGUUUCGUACAACUCUUUUGCUCCCGUUUACGAACAUCUAGGGAUCCCUCGCUCACAAAUCAUGAAAGCAUGGAAUCUAGUCAAUCCUCAAAAAGCAGAAACCAUUGACAAAGAUCAAUGUCUCGUAUUUUUACAUAUCCUCACUCAACGUUCCCAAGGGUUCCGAAUCCCCAAGGACGUUCCUUUCGGUCUUCGCGCAAGUUUUAAGAAAGGAAAUAUCGACUACAAUCUUCAAGCUAACGACCCAUCGCAUACUAUGCGAGAGUCGCAGAGCGUAGGUUCCACGUUGACAAUUCAGCGUCCUAGAAGCGAUUUAGAGACUCCAAAAGACGUAAAUGACUCUGACUGGGAAAUUGUUGGACUACGAAAUGAGCUAGCUACUUUAGAACAAAAGAUCACAAAGUUACAGAGAGAAGUUGAUGAGAGCAGCAUUCUCCAAAGUCGCUCUCAGCUUGUACGAAGAGAUUUAUUGAAACUUUUAGAUUACAAGUACGGCGUAUUGGCCGACCUAAAGGCCGGAGGCUUACGUCCCGAUUAUUCUUUAAUUGAGCGUAACUUGGAAAGAUUAGAGCAACAAACUGCUCUUUUACAGCAACACUUAGAGGGAAAGAAGAAAGAUAUACUGACUUUAGAAGAAAACCUACCAGGGCGUUAGUACUUUAACGGAUGAUUUACAGUUUUCUUGUAAGCAAUUAGACUAUUGCUUACAUCUUUAAUUUAUGAAAAUUUUAUGUGUACGAUAGAAUGUGACCUUCGUUGAUUAGUUCGAUUUCAUGCUUUAUUAGCUCAGAAGCUUUAUAAAAACCCUUUUUUGUCUAAUCAAUCAAAGGGGAAAAAAGCCGUAUGUAAGAGAAAAAAAAAUUUGUAUAAAAAACAAACUUGACCAUACGGAAAUUACUAUUAUAAAUAAAGAAAGAAAAAAUUCAUUACAACAAAGAAAAAGGAAUCAUAAGCGACAUUAAGCAGUCCUGUAAGCACUAUCGUCGUCUGGAAAACAAACGCUUGGAAGCCCAGCCAACCAAUGCGGCGGCAGAAACAACUGCACCUGCUACAACUGCAAUUCCAAUGUAUCCUUCCGUUGUGACAGCGUUAUACAAAAGAGACUUUAACUUCAAUGCUUGAGGGUUAGAGGGAUCCUUCGCAAGCAGCAUGUUCAAAUACCGACGUGAUUCUUCAUAUUGCUUCAUUUUGUACUGCGUUAGCGCUAUGUAGUACAAAGACUCCAAACGACGUUCAGCAAAGUCUCUGUAUAUGGUACAAAACAGAGUGAGACCUUGUUGUACUUGCUGAAGAUCUUCAGAGCAAACGAGAGCCCAUGCCAAAUUGAACUUGGUUUGUAACGUUAUCAAAGGAUGUUCUGACUCAUAUUGCUCUUUGAUUUGCAGAAAUUCCUCAACAGGAAUAGGCUUCUGAAUAGCAGUAGGUUCUGGCAAAUUCAUACUACUUAGUCUAAUUAGGGAAUUGGUUUAAAUUCGAAAAUUGUAAGAAAACUAGGGAAUCAAAAGAAAAACCGUAGAAACAAACAAUGCCCGCCCUUCUUGGAUGUAGAGAGAAAGACUAGAGUUUGUUUACAAGGAAAACGGUACAAGACAAGCUGCUCUGAAAGUAUAAUGAAACAGAAAAAGAAUAACCAAAUUCAGAGAACUCAAUCACAAUUGAUAUUACGAGCAAAAAUUUAAAGACCGGGCCAAAGUUUUAUCCAAGAAUUCAAUUCAAUUACAAAACUUGCUUUCCUCUUUGAAUUAAAUAUAUAUAUAUAUAGGAUUAUUUUUACUUUUCGUCUGCAAAGGGAAGAAACCAGGUUCACUUUCCUCCCAUUAUGUACGAACCUGUCUUUGCGUUGCAGUUUGUCCUUAGCCAAGAAUAAGCAAAUAUAGCAAAGCCUCCCUAAACAUAGUGCUACUAACAACAAGUACGGUGCUUGUCUGCUAGUUCCUUCUACCAUAAACAAACCCAGA